GGUUUCGCUUCGCCCGGAGCGACGUCACACCGAGGUGGAAGAAGACGAGCGCAUUUUUUUCCUCCCUUUAUCGUCCAAAGAAAACACAUCGACCAGACUGUGGCACACAGACGCCUCUACCUGCAGCCGGUGCGCACCGAAAAAUUACUUCCCCCAAGUUCAUCAGUGCGUAGAGAACGGCCAACCUCCAGCUGCAACCCAAAAGACCAAGAUUUUAUUUUUUCUUAUCAACUCAGCACUGCUUUUCUUCUUGUUUAAUAUCAUUUUCACUCUUACAAAUAACCCCCCCGCCACCCCCCACAAAAGAGUGGCGAGACUCCAAGUGUCCUCACAACCACCGUGCGCUGUUUCGCAGGCAGAGAGGACUUGGAGCCACUUCUCGUUUCUCGUCAGACCGUUUUUGAAAGCAUGCAAUGCGCUGCGAUAGAUAGAGCAGAACGACAAUGAAGAGGUUAACCACACCUUUAAAAGCGGACAUCUCUUCAGUAGCCUCUUGACCAACUUUGUUGCGCAUUAAGAUGCGCCCCAGAGAAGAGGAGUUGGAUGAGGAACUUUUUGCGCUCUUGUUGACAGACAGUUUCCAGUGAGCUUUUGCUGAGCGUACCGUCAGAAAACGAGAUCCUCCUAUGCAUUUAAGAAGUCAUCCAACUCGGUGUUGGCUGAGCUCGUCAGUAAUUUAAAUUUUUGCUGUGGAAUCUCCUCGAGGAUUUGCUGAGUUCACCAUGACGGUUCGUCUAUCGCGGAUCCAGCUGGCCCUGUUCUUUAUCUUGCUCUGUCCGGUCAAUAUCAUCGGACUCUGGUGGGCGGUAGGCAGUCCGCUGGUGAUGGACCCCAACAGCAUUUGCAGGAAAGCGAAGCGUCUGGCGGGAAAGCAGGCUGAGCUGUGCCAGACUCAGCCAGAGAUUGUCAGUGAGGUGGCCAAAGGAGCCAGGCUGGGCAUCAGGGAGUGCCAGUACCAGUUCAGGUACCGCCGUUGGAACUGCACUAGCCACAACAAGUACUUUGGCAAAAUACUGCAGCAAGAUAUUCGGGAGACAGCGUUUGUUUAUGCCAUCACGGCGGCUGGUGUGACCCACGCCGUAACCCAGGCCUGCAGUAUGGGAGACCUCCUACAGUGUGGCUGUGAGGCGACCAGGAACAGAGCACCUCCAAGGCCGUCUUCAUCCUCCCCCUCUGGGGAUGGAGUCAAGUGGGAGUGGGGGGGCUGCGGAGAUGAUGUGGAGUUUGGGUAUGAAAAGUCGAAACAGUUUAUGGACGCCAAGAGGAGAAGGGGCAAGAGUGACAUUAGGACACUCAUUGACCUGCACAACAACGAGGCUGGGCGGCUGGCGGUGAAGCUCUACAUGCGGACAGAGUGCAAGUGCCACGGCCUGUCAGGGUCAUGCACUCUGCGCACAUGCUGGAAGAAGAUGCCUCAUUUCCGUGAGGUGGGCGACCGCCUGCUGGAGCGCUUCAACGGCGCUUCCAAGGUGAUGGGAGGCAACGAUGGCAAGACCCUGAUCCCUGUUGGCCAGAACAUAAAGCCACCAGAUAAGCAGGAUCUGAUAUACUCUGACGAGUCGCCCGAUUUCUGCCUUGCAAAUCGGAAAACUGGCUCACUGGGGACGCGGGGGCGCAUGUGCAACAGCACAGCCAUGGACAUCAGUGGCUGUGACCUGCUUUGCUGCGAGCGCGGCUACCGGGAGGAAACAGUGGUGUUAGAGGAGAACUGUCUGUGUCGUUUCCACUGGUGUUGUGUGGUCCAGUGCAAGAAAUGCUUGGUCCGAAAAGAACUUAGUCUCUGUCACUGAUGAACUGAUGAACUGAGGAUGACAGCAGUCAAUAUGACUUGGUUACUUCUGUUACUUUUUGAGGUUUUUCGCUUUUGUUUGGCUUGUGUGAAAGAAGAAUAGGGUUUGGACUUUUAUGGUAAUCCUUUUGUUUCAGUUUUUGCACCAGUCACAUUCAGAUAAUGCCCCAAAAAUGUUCAUUUUAAAUAAUAUUUAAUCUCAGCUCUGGCUGGUUUGGUUCCCAGGAAUUUUGACAGACAUCAGAGUUGCUGGCCAAAGGUUCAAAAGGUACAGAAAGUAAAUGCAACCAUAUGGAAACAAUGGUAGGGCAGGGACUAAAAUAGGUCAAAUAGAGAAAUGUUUCUUUCUGAACUACCUAUUUUUCUCAUUUUUUUGUUUAUGAAAAGGACCAAAGAAUGUGAAAAUUUGUAUUUUCCAUCUCAGUGAAAGAGGACGACCUAUGCAUGGAGGUUUCUUAUUAGGCUACGUUCAGACUACAGGCAAAUGUGGGUCAGAUCAGAUUUUUUUGGGGUCAAGUGACCAGGUCACAGAUUCAGGCCACUUUGAUAUGUUUCAUUUUUUCAAUGCGGCCACAGUAUGAAAAACCAAGGCAGAUUUGAUGCGACUUUUACCUCAAUAAUCCUUGCUACGCCCUCUCUCUCCGCAGGGAGGGACGGGGCCCCCUGCUCCCAGUGCAGCUGUCAACCGGGACGGACUGUCCUUAGUGCGCCCCAACCGCAUCACGUCGCCGGGGGUCUGCGGCGAUGUCGGCAACCCGCCUGACCCGUCUUGAAACAUGGACCAAGGAGUCAGAGGGUCGCGCGAGUCAGGCGCAAUGAAAGUAAGGGCGUGAGGUGGGAUCCCGGUCCCUCGGGGUUGGGCGCACCACCGGCCCGUCUCGCCCGCACCGUCGGGGAGGUGGAGCGUGAGCCCGUGCGAUAGGACCCAAAAGAUGGUGAACUUUGCCUGGGAAAGGCAAAGCCAGAGGAAACUCUGGUGGAGGCCCGUAGCGGUUUUAUUUUGAAAUAAAAGCGAAAAUGCUAACUUCCUCCAUAACCUCCCUAAAUUUAGUGCAACAGCGUGC